GCUUGAGUUAGAACACUCCUCAACAACGCCGGUCAUGGAACACCAAGGCGAGCCCAUUGCCGAGACUGUCAAUCGGUUUCUAGGAAGCCACGGAUUAGCAUCUAGCAGCAGAUCGUCCGUCGUCUUUGACCACCUGUCUGUCGAGGGUAGCGGACGAGGAAUCCAAGCCACACCGACAGUAUGGACUGCUGUAAAGUCCUGGGCGAAUCUAAUUAAUCCGAUUUCCUACGCUCGGCCUGAACCGUCACGAACUCUAUUGCAUGCAUUCUCCGGGUCGCUAUGGGGUGGUGAGAUGUUGCUCGUCGUCGGCAAGCCGGGGAGUGGCUGCACGACAUUCCUCAAAACGCUGGCCAAUAUGCGCGAUGAAUACAAAAAUACUUCCGGACAGCUAGUAUACGGAGGCCGCCCUGCAAGUGAUCGGGACCAAGAUCGCGUGCGGUUGACCUUCUGCGCGGAGGAAGACAGCCACCUGCCCUCACUUACCGUGGCGCAGACCCUGCGCUUCGCCGUUCGUGCUACGUGGGACGCGAAGACUCCAAAAGCUGCCAUCCACGCUGCCGUCGAAACAUUGGCUACGUGCUUCGGCUUAAACCACGUCUUGAAAACCAUAGUCGGCAACGAAGCAAUCCGUGGAGUAAGUGGUGGGGAGCGAAGAAGAGUAUCACUGGCGGAAGCCGUAGCGACAUGCCCGGACGUCUUCUGCUUUGACAACCCUACCAACGGACUGGACUCCUCGACAGCUCUGGAGUUUAUGCAGUUGAUGCGCGAGUUCACCAACCAGCACGGGUGCGCUACGGCGAUGAGCGUUUACCAGGGCAGUAACUCUAUGGUCCCGCUCUUUGACAAAGUUCUUGUUAUAAACGCUGGCCGCCAAAUAUUCUAUGGCAAGGCCUCUGAGGCAAAGGAUUACUUUGAGAGCCUCGGCUUCGUCUGUCCAGAGCGUACGACCAUUACAGACUUCCUCAACUCAAUGACAGCCGAACCAGAGCUGCGACAUAUUCGUGAAGGCUGGCAAAUUCGCGCACCUUCAACGCCAACACAGUUUGAAGAGGCUUUCAGGCAGAGCAAGCACUACAAAACAAUGUUGCAGGAUAUAGCCGCCGAGCGCAGUAAGACAUGGCCAGUCGGUCCGAAGAGACCAGUGUACUCUCUGCCACUGUACUGGCAAGUGGUCGAGUGCUCGCUACGCCAGUUCAGGGUGCUCAUCACGGACACCAACACCUGGAUGAUUGAAGCUAUUAGCAUCAUUGUCCAAAGUCUGGUCCUUGGCACCCUCUUCCGCGACCAAGCCAGAGCAACGCAAUCGCUCUUUAUUCUCGGGUCGUCGCUCUUCAAUUCGGUGUUAGUGCCUGCUCUACAGUCAAUGAGCGAGUUUGGCAACACUUUUGCGCAACGCCCGCUGGUUAUUCGCCAGAAGCGAUACCGCUUUUAUCGGCCCAUCAGUUACGGCUUGGGGCUUGUUCUUACUGAUGCCAUUUGGAAAAUCAUUGCCAUUGCCUACAACAUCCCUCAAUACUUUCUCACUGGCUUCCAACGGUCUGCCGACAAGUUCUUCACUUGGUUUUUUAUCGUCUAUGUCGAACACAUGGCGCUAUCCAUGGUCUUCCGUGCCAUUGCAGUGGCAUCGCCAAGCAUGGGACUAGCAGUGUUGCCCGUUGGCCUCAUGUUCAAUCUUUUCGUCCUGUACACAGGUUUAUAUGUUCCAGGACCACAAAUGCAGGUUUGGCUGUUUUGGCUGAGGUACCUCAACCCUCUUUACUACGCCUACGAAUCCGUCGUGGCGAACGAAUUUGGUAACCUAAACUACACCUGUAGCGCUAACGAUCUGGCACCGUACGGCGAAAACUAUGAUUCGGUUGCGAACCAGGUUUGUGCAGUGCCAGGCGCCGUCCCUGGGCAGCCAUACGUAUCUGGGUCUGCAUACAUCCAGGAGCAGUACGGAUUUCAAUCGUCGCAUGUUUGGAGGAAUGUGGGCAUCAACCUUGGAAUAUUUGCCUUUUUCGCGCUUUGCACCGCUAUCGGUAUGGAACGUUACAAGCUCCCUGCUGGUCGACUCGCCACGAUUUUUUACAAAGGCGAGCCUAAGAUCUUCACUUCGGGAGCGAGUUCACCAGUUUCGGACCCUGAGAAGACUGUUUCCGAUGAAGACGUGCCGCCAAUAACCCGAGGGGCUGCGAAGGGGCAAGCGUGGGAGUCAGUGUCUAGCCAUAAUGGGCGCACACUGGCUUGGAAGGACCUCUCAUUGGAGCUGAAGGUGGACAAUGAAACGAAGCGUCUCCUAGAUAACAUUAGCGGGUUUGUAGAACCUGGACAGCUGACGGCUUUGAUGGGUGUUUCUGGUGCAGGCAAGACGACCCUCCUGAACACGCUCGCUGGACGCAUGGAAGUAGGUACCCUUUCGGGUGACCUCUUCCUCGACGGAGGUCCGCUGCCUAAAUCAUUUCGGCGGUACAUGGGCUAUGCGCAACAACAGGAUGUACACUUGCCGACACAAACAGUGCGUGAAGCGCUACAGAUGACAGCCCGGCUCCGCCGGUCCCAGAGUGUGUCCGAUGCAGAAAAGUAUGGACACGUUGAACAAGUCAUCCGCAUGCUGGAGAUGGAAGACAUGGCCGACGCGCUCAUCGGCGUGCCCGGGGCCGGGCUGAACCUGGAGCAGAGAAAGCGGGUGACGAUUGGUGUCGAGCUGUCAGCCAGACCUGACAUUCUGUUCUUGGACGAGCCCUCGUCUGGUCUGGACGGGCAAUCGGCGCUCACCAUCGGCCGACUACUGCGAAAACUGGCCAAUUCCGGCCAGACGGUCUUGUGUACCAUCCACCAGCCCGCGGCGGAGCUCAUGGAGCUUUUCGACCAUCUAGUGUUGUUGAUGCGCGGCGGCCGACUGGCAUACGACGGGCCCCUAGGCGAUAGGUGCUCGACGGCGCUGUCGUACUUUUCUCGCUCCGCGGCGCCCUGUGGACAGGACGAAAACCCGGCCGAGUACUUCCUGCACGUUGUGGGAGCCGGGUCCAGAAACUUGGCUAAGGAGGACUGGGCCUCCCUGUGGCAGGCAAGUGCCGAGAGGGCAGCCCGCGAAAAGCAGCUGGACGGGCUGGUGAAGGCGCAAAACAGCGAAAAGUCGCCCCUGCAUGCCGAAGGAACGCACGCGGUGUCGCUCCUUGUCCAGCUCGACACCACAAUGCGCCGCACUUGGCUCUAUUACUGGCGCGACCCCGAUUACUUCGUCUCCAAGCUGUGGAUGAAUAUCGGCAAUGCGUUGCUUAAUGGUCUAACGUUUCUCAAUUCCGGCAACAACCAGCGUGGCGCCUAUAACCGCGUCUUCUCCGCCUUCAUGUCGCUGAUUGUUGGCCCACCGCUCGGCCUCCAAGCAGAACCUCGAUUCACCACUUUGCGCGACAUCUUCCAGCUUCGUGAGAAGGCUAGCUUGACUUACAGCUGGCUCUGCUUCGUCAUCCCCGCAAUUGUCAUCGAGCUCCCUUAUGCCGUCUUCACCAGCUUGGUCUACUGGCUGCUCUGGUACUUCCCCGUCGGCUACCCCACCGAGCCGUCGCGCGCGGGAUACAGCUUCCUCAUGUACGAGCUCUUCUCCGUCUUUGCGCACAGCCUGGCGCAACUGUGUGCAGCGAUCAUGCCCAGUUUGAACUCGGCCUUUAUGGCCAAUGGCUUCUUCUUCAUGUUCUGCAACACGUUCGCUGGGACCCUGUCACCAAAGCCGUCGACGCCAACCGGCUGGCGCUGGUACUACAACGUCUCGCCACUCUUUUACCUAGGCGAGGGAGUGACCGCGGACGUUCUCUACGACCUCCAAAUCAACUGUGGAGCUUCCGAGACGUCAGUGUUCCAGCCACCUAACGGGACGACUUGCCAGGAAUAUGCUGGCGAUUUCUUGCGCACCGCCACGGGCUACCUGCUCAAUCCGGACGCGGCAUCCAACUGCCAGUACUGCCGGUACAAGGACGGCCAGUCAUACUAUAUUCAAUACGGUUACGACUUCGCUCGCCGCUAUAGAAAUGUCGGCAUCUUCAUUGGGUUUAUUGCAUUCAAUUAUACUGUCGUCAUUGUCAUGACAUACCUCACCAAGGUUAAGAAGUGGAAGAGGAACUGAGGAUAAGUAUGUUGCUUGAGUAUCACGAAUCAAUUCAAGUAACCAUUAUAGAGGCAAAGUUUGUGUUCGGAUGGCAAAUUCGGAAUUACCGUUUAAGAAGUUAAACUUAGAUUAGUAUCCGAUUUUGAAACUGCGAACAAUAUUUGCACAGCAUGAAAUAGAACCACGUUGAUAGAGCUUACCGCUAUGGCUUGCACUAGGGAAUAGUAAACCUGCUAUAAUACAAGUUUAAAUUUAACAGUGGAAAGCGUAGUAGAUUAUAGUGUAGUAGAAUUCUAAUUGUAUGGAUAUCUAAAUAUAACUGUCACGGCUUUUGGUGGCCAU